AUGGGUUCUGUCGCACGUUUCGCUUCGGCCGUUUUGGCCACUUCGACCCUUCUCGGCGCUGCCUCAGCUGCCGUUUUGGACAUGCCCAUGGUCGUCAAGGGUGGCUACAAAAUGGUCCAGGUCGGCGUCGGAAAGCCCGAACAAGACUUCCUUCUUCGCUUUGACACUGGAAGUGCCUCAGCUUGGAUGAUCGAUAGCGAGUGCGCCACGGAGUGUCCUCACUACGACAAGGACCGAGUCGGGUAUAACUUCACAGCAUCUUCCACUGGAAAAUACACGGGAGAGAGCGCUUCCAUCGACUAUCUCGGAGGAAAGGUUGUUGGCCCGACUGUGGAGGAACGCUUCGAGGCGGAUGGUGUGACCUGGCAGUCCAAGUUUAUCGCAGCCAACGAGAGCAACUGGUCUUCGCUGGCCGCUGCCGGUUUCAUGGGCUUGGCUUUCGGUAGCAUCGCUGAUGGCGGCGCUACACCCGUUUUCGAGACUCUGAUGGCGGAGAAGAAGGUUGAUGAACCUCGAUUUGGAAUUUAUUAUUCCAAGGAAGAUGGUGACGAUACCAACGGCAAGCCAGGAAAGGGUCUCCUCACCCUGGGAGGAUCCAAGGAAAAGGAAUAUGUCAAGGGCGACUUGAUUGAGGUUCCCAUCAACACCAACCACAAUGACUUUGACGUCUGGCGAUCCAUUCUUCACAGCACUACCGGCUCACGAAAGGGAAAGAACUGCUCUGCAACAAAGUCCAAGGUUGACCUUGAUGUUUCGGUUGUCUUCGAUACUGGAGCCUCUGGCAUCACCGUUCCCGAAUCCAAGAUCGAGGAGAUUUACGAAUCUAUCGGCAUGAACUGGACGGCAAUUCUCUCUGGCAAGCACAUUCCCCUGUGCAGCGAGUUUACCAAGGACUGGUCUGUUGCCUUUGAGGUUGGCUACUACGGUGAAUCUAAGUUCCUCAACAUCACUGGUGAUCAACUGGCUGUCCCUGGCUUUGCCAACAGAGACGAUGCUUGCUGGCCGCCGAUGGAUUCCGGGGCCGAGGGAUUCGCCUUGCUUGGCCCUCGGUUCCUCAAGAACUUCUAUACCGUUUGGGACUACGGCAACUUCCCCGAGGAGGCUGGCUUCAUCAAUCCCACCCUUUCUUUUGGCUACUUGAAGGAAGGUAAAUAG